ACGGUGCCCGCAGGCGAAGCAGGGCGGGGCCGUGGGGGUUUGGGCUCACAGUGGUUCUCCUGGCUUGAAAAGCCCAGCCCGGCGGCCUCCUCCUCACUACUGUGUUUCCUGCGGUCUCUCCCUGCUGCCUUGGCUGCCCGCAGGGCUGUGCCCAGCUCCGGGCUGCAGUGCCCAGAGCAGAGGAGGCUUUCAUUGUCCGCAGUGCCGUGUGGCAGCACUCGCUGCUUCUUUGCAAGCCCCAGUUCGGGCCUGCGGUACUGCAGCAACGCGCUUUGAGUGUACCUGGAGACCUACGGCUGCCAGAUGAAUGUCAAUGACACAGAGAUUGCUUGGGCUAUCCUGCAGAAGAGCGGCUACACCAGGACAAAGGAAGCAGAUGAGGCGGAUGUGAUUCUACUUGUGACCUGUUCUGUUAGGGACAAGGCUGAGCAGGCUAUCUGGAACCGCCUGCAGCACCUCAAAGCUCUGAAGGCCCGGCGGCGCCAGGCGUGCUUGCCUCUCCGCAUUGGGAUUCUAGGAUGCAUGGCUGAGAGGCUUAAGGAGGAGAUUCUUCAUAGGGAGAAGCUGGUCGAUAUUGUGGCAGGCCCUGAUGCGUAUCGGGACCUUCCCCGGCUGCUGGCCGUGGCUGAAUCUGGGCAGCAAGCUGCUAAUGUCCUGUUAUCACUGGAUGAGACUUAUGCAGAUAUUCUGCCUGUCCAGACCAGCGCAGGUGGCAAAACAGCAUUUGUAUCCAUCAUGCGGGGCUGUGACAACAUGUGCAGCUACUGCAUUGUGCCCUUCACACGUGGCCGUGAGAGGAGCCGCCCCAUCGCGUCCAUCCUGCAGGAAGUCAAGAUUCUCUCAGAUCAGGGGGUGAAAGAAGUGACCCUUUUGGGUCAGAACGUCAACAGCUUUCGAGACAUGUCUGAGGUGCAGUUUCAGUCAGCUGCUACCCCAGUCCUCAGUCGUGGCUUUAGCACCGUCUACAAAGCUAAACCAGGAGGCUUGCGUUUUGCACAUCUUCUAGACCAGGUCUCUAGAAUUGAUCCAGAAAUGAGGAUUCGUUUCACUUCUCCGCACCCCAAGGAUUUUCCUGAUGAGGUCCUGCAGCUUAUCCAGGAGCGGCACAACAUCUGUAAACAACUUCACCUCCCAGCCCAGAGUGGAAGCACUCGAGUCCUGGAAGCCAUGCGACGGGGAUACACAAGAGAAGCAUACUUAGAGCUUGUACAGCAUGUGCGCAACACCAUUCCAGGUGUGAGUUUAAGCAGUGAUUUCAUUGCUGGUUUCUGUGGGGAGACAGAAGAAGAUCACCAGCAGACUGUGUCCUUGCUGCGGGAGGUCCGCUACAACGUAGGCUUCCUCUUCGCUUAUAGCAUGAGACAGAAAACUCGGGCGUAUCACCGGCUGCAGGAUGAUGUGCCUGCAGAUGUAAAACGGAGGCGACUGGAGGAGCUCAUCACUGUCUUUCGAGAGGAGGCUGCAAGGGCAAAUGAGGCGAUGGUGGGUCAGUCCCAGCUGGUGCUAGUGGAGGGGCCCAGCAAGCGCUCUGCCUCUGAGCUGUGUGGGAGGAAUGAUGGCAACAUCAAGGUGAUCUUCCCUGAUGCCGACACAGAGGAUGCUGGGGGCUGCAAGGCUCUGGUCAGAGCCCAGCCUGGGGACUAUGUUUUGGUGAAGGUAACCUCUGCCAGCUCUCAGACCUUGAAGGGAGUUCUGCUUUGUCGUACCACCCUCUCCCGCUCUGCAGCUUGUCAUUGAGGUAUCCCUGCUGCCAGUGGGCAGAAGUAGAUUCUUUUCUCUAGAAAGAAACAAGGAGGUUUGGUUAAGUGAAGAUGGGGCAGAAACAGGAUCUAUUUAUUUAUUUAUUUUUAUAUAACUGGGUCUGUCUCCCAUUUGGCAAUAAUAUGCCCCUUCUAAAUCUGUGCAAGUUUAUGGACUGGGAUGGAAACUGUGCAUUCAUGUGCCUAACCCCAGUACUGUGUGAUUUGGUGCUUUCACUUGCUGUCAGUCCUGGCUCACCUUUGCAGUGCUGUGGGUUUGUCUUCUGAUCAUGUCCUCUAACGCAGCCCAGCCCUGAGAACUUUGUCUGCAGAGCAGGUCAUUGCUCCUAACCCAGCUGAAUUUGGGAGCUGCAAAGACUGAUAGCACCUGGAAAACAAAACUAGUAACUUCCAGAGGAUCACAGGAGGACUGCCAAAGGAGACAGGCUACUUGAAGAACAGGAUAACAUUGUGAUGAAUUCUUUCCAAAUAAUGAUAAUCUCCUCAAUUGCAAAAUACUUGGGAAGUAAGACCCUGAGCUGUGCCUAUAUGAUGGAAUAUAGCACUAAUAUACAAUAUAAAUUAAAUAUAAAAUGUUUUUUAAUGAACAUGAGUAAUGCUUAAUAUGUUUUUUUGAACUGAUGGAAUACAGUUUUGCCUUUGCUCUGAGAUUGCUUGUUUUUUUGUUGGAAGGGAUUUUCCUGUCUCUAGGCCUAAGGGAAUGAAUGCAUGGGAAGAACUGUCUUCCAGCUGAGGGUUCUCUCACUAGCCUGUUAAAUCUUUAACUACAGCUUUGUACUCAUUUUCUGUGGUAAGUCUUUCCUUUUCCUUUGCAAGAGGAAAGAAAUUGUGCCAAUUUAAAAGGCUGAUAGCUUUGUAAGUAUAUCUUACAGUUGCUUGUUUUUGUCAGAGCCUGCAGUUAGCUGUGGCUGCACUGUGUCAUAUUCCAGCCUGGUCUGCUAGAUUAAAACAAAUGCCUGUAACCUGCACUUGUAAGCAAACUCUCCUCUGAGGUUUGAGGAAAAAAAUCACACCUUUCAGUAUUGAUUAUCGUGUCACUAAAAGAAAUCAUUGUAAAAAGCUCUGUCCAGGGAGACUUUGAAGGAAGAGCUGACCAAUGCUCCAUCAAGGAGUCCCUAUUGAACUUACAGAAUUUUUAAGCAAGCAUGAAACCCUUUUGCUGGAGAGCUGAGCAGGAGAGAAGACUUUACCUGGGAUAUAAUUGUAUCUCUUUGAAAACAGCGUGGUUCAAUGAAUAUUCGUUAGGCCUUAGUUUAAGAAAGAGAGGUGUUGGGUUUUUUUUAUGAGCUCAGGGCUGAUUCUCAUGGAAGUGAGUCUGCACAGUCAGCACUGCUGAGUGGGUUUUGAGGUGCAGAGAAAUACUGACAUUCUGCCACCCUACCUCCAACUGAGAAAGAGUCUUAGGCCCAGUCUCAAAAGCGGGGCUUAGACCUCUGCUGUCGAGUGUGUACAAGCUUAGCAGUGGGUUCUUAAGGAAGAGGCAGCAAGAAGCUGUUGGGCUUGAAAUUCCAAAGGAGGAGCAGGGUGUAAAUACAUCAUCCCCCAGCUGUGACAAUAGUAAAGCCAACCUAUUCUUGCUAAUAAAAGCCACCUGGUAAAUGGUCUAGUUUUCAUUGCCCUGUGGCAUCUCUUUCCACUCAUGCUCUCCCAUGCAUCUUGAAGCUGUGGCCAAAGGCUGUGCUCUGAGAAGAACUGACUGCUGCCUUUCACAGCUCGUUUUCACAUGUUCCUAUGUUCCUUAGAGGCACCUAUUCCCAGGUGAGAAAUGCAGACCUGAGUGUGCUCUCCCCACUCCUGCCAGCCAGAUUUGAGGCCAGCUGUGGUCGUUUUACAAUCAUUAUUUUAAGAGUGAGAGACUAAUGAGGAGGAGAGCUGGGUUUUACAUUUUGAUGAGAAGGUGAUAACGCUCACUGCACAGACUCCCCAGGGAGCCAUAGUGCUUACCAUUUACCUCGCCUCCUUAGUUUUUAUAGGCCUUGGGAAUGAACGCUGAGGUUUUAAGGCAGCAAAGCAUCCAUUAGGAAGCACUUACAGUGACCUUGGAGGCAGAGUUAAGUCAUUUGACACUGCCUGAAAGCAGGAACGUCCCCCACAUCCCCCCUCUGGGGCUGGAAGGCACAUGGUUUCCGUAUUGCACAUGAGAUGAUUUGCUCCUUGAGUUUGGCUGUUGGGAACAUCGAGCUCCUAUCUCUUUCUCCUAGGCUGCCCCCUCAGGGCUUCCUGCUGCUCAGCCUGUCCUGGAGCCUCAGCACUUGCUGCAGGGUUCCUCCAGAGAAUGGGAGCAAAGCUUCUGUACAUCUGUGGGGCUGGAAGAGCCCCAGUGACACCUGCACAUCUCUUUGGUUCUGGUGAGGUGCUUGAGUGUUGCAGUUGGGCGAGGUGGAUGAGAGCACGAACACACAGCAAAUGUUACAGCACUGCAGGAAGGUCACAGCCAACAAAAGGAUUUGUGUUCUCCGGACCUGCAUCACAGCAGCCCCAAGAACAAACCUGGGGCCUGGAGUCCUGCAGCUUCUCCUUUGUGAGCAAUUUAUCUCCUGUGCUGACAGCUCACUAUUGACUCCUCGUCCUCCUGAAGAGGAGCUGUCCUGCCUCAUCAGCUUUAAAUUAGUUUUAUCUUUAGACUUUCCUAUUAAUAAGCUCUUGUCGUGGUGUCAUUAUUUGAUAUCUAUUUUCUGACGUUCUUUGUUAAUGGCUCUGUAUCUUCCCACACUUUUUCCCUCCUGGCCACGCUGUUUGAUCACUUGACGUGCACAGGGCAGUGCAGUGCUCACGGACCAGUGCACCCCAAUGGAGGUGGCUGUGUAUCUGCACAGAGUAGGUCUGGAAUGCUGGCAGCCCUUUGGGUUUGGGAAAAAAAGAGUUAUGUGUACCUGUGGUUUGAGGUCUUGUUGUGCAGCAAAGGGACUGGGACCUGGAGCUCCCACUCAGUGUGGUCACAGCUCAGGGCUCUCCUUCUCACAGUUCUCGUGUUAAUGGGGACAAGAAGGGCACGUGGUUCCUUGUCAGAAAACCCCGAUAUGAGAACCAGCUGCUGCACAGUGGCAUUGCUAAUGAAGCUAUCAGGGUGCUUCAGGGCUGCUGGUGUUCGGUGUUAUGUCUGCUAUCUGCAAAGUCAGGUCACGGGGAGAAUUAGCUGCCCAGCCCCUGUUGUUGACUUGCAUGCCGAAAUUACACAGCAAAGUGCCACCAACUGCAAGAUCUGUCAUUUGCAGCAGUGCCUA